GCCGCCGCCGCGCCUGCGGGCCUCCGGGGCGAGGCGCUCGGGAGCGUGGGGCGGUCUCCUAGCAACUCUCGGCCGGGUGUGAGCCCGGCUACUCGCAGGUCCCGAGCCCCCCGGGGGGCCGGGGCAGGACCACCUCUCCCCCGCCCCUCACCGGCCUCGCCUCCCUCGCAUCCUCGCCGGGUGCACCCCAGAGCGCGCCAGCUGCCUGGGCUCUGGGCAGCAGGACGCCUGAGCCGCGCACUGGGGCCAAAAGGACCAGGGUACGGAGCCCUCGCCCGGCAAGGCCGGGCUCCCGCAGCCCCGCGGACCUCCCCUCCUGAGCUGGCGGGGAGCGGCAAUGCCUCGCCCUGUGCCUGCGGGUGCCGGCGGGCGCUUCUAGGGCGCUCCCAGAGCCGCCUCCCCCUGCUGCUGGCACCCCGAGUUUCCUCCCUCGCCAGCCAGGACGCUGCCGCCUUGUCGUUGCCCGCUGCUCCGCUGACGAGUCUGCAAAAGUGCAACUAAGUGGAGUUGGCCUCUCUGCCCACCUGUGGAAGAAGCUCGCGCUGAUCGAUGCGCCAUCGCCUUUUUUUUCCCCUUCGGCCUUGCCGGCGUCCCCUCCCACAGAUGCAGCAUCACCCAGUGAAUGUACAUUAGGGUGGUUUCCCCCCCAGCUUCGGGCUUUGUUUGGGUUUGAUUGUGUUUGGCUCCUCGCUAAGCUGAUUUAUGCAGCAGAAGCCCCACCGGCUGGAGAGAAACAAAAGCUCUUUUCUUUGUCCCGGAGCAGGCGAGGGAGCCCUCGCUCCCGUCGCCGCCCCGAGCCCUCGGCCGUCGAAGGAGGUGCUCCUCGCGGAGACCGCGGAACCCGCCGAGCCGAGCCGGGAGGGCCGCGGGGGCCCUGAGAUGCCGAGCGGUGCCCGGGCCCGCGUCCCCGCACCGCUUGCGCUGAGCCGCGGGGUCCGCCUGCCGGGCCUGCGGGAAACGUCCUAGCGCCACUCGGCUCGCAGGCCCCGAGGUGCGCCCAGGAGGCGCAAGCGCGCGUCCUCCGCCCGGGAAGCAGCCAGGCGGCGGGCGCGGGGCGGGCUGCUUUGCAUUAUGUGCGGCUCGGCCCUGCCUUUUUUUACCGCUGCAUUGGUCUGCCUGCAGAACUGCCGGCGAGGUCCUGCCUCGUUCCUCCGGGCGGCCUGGGUGUUUUCACUUGUUCUUGGACUGGGCCAAGGUGAAGACAAUCGAUGUGCAUCUUCAAACGCAGCAUCGUGCGCCAAGUGCCUUGCACUGGGUCCAGAAUGUGGAUGGUGUGUUCAAGAGGAUUUUAUUUCAGGUGGAUUAAGAAGUGAACGCUGUGAUAUCGUUUCCAAUUUAAUAAGCAAAGGCUGUUCAGUUGAUUCAAUAGAAUACCCAUCCGUGCAUGUAAUAAUACCAACUGAAAAUGAAAUUAAUACCCAGGUGACACCAGGAGAAGUGUCAAUCCAGCUGCGUCCAGGAGCUGAAGCUAAUUUUAUGCUGAAAAUUCAUCCUCUGAAGAAAUAUCCUGUGGAUCUUUAUUAUUUGGUUGAUGUCUCAGCAUCAAUGCACAAUAAUAUAGAAAAAUUAAAUUCCGUUGGAAAUGAUUUGUCUAGAAAAAUGGCAUUUUUCUCCCGUGACUUCCGCCUUGGAUUCGGCUCAUAUGUUGAUAAAACAGUUUCGCCAUACAUUAGCAUUCACCCUGAAAGGAUUCAUAAUCAAUGCAGUGACUACAAUUUAGACUGUAUGCCUCCCCACGGAUACAUCCAUGUGCUGUCUUUGACGGAGAACAUCACUGAGUUUGAGAAGGCAGUUCACAGACAGAAGAUCUCUGGGAACAUAGAUACACCAGAAGGAGGUUUUGAUGCCAUGCUUCAGGCGGCUGUCUGUGAGAGUCAUAUUGGAUGGCGAAAGGAAGCUAAAAGAUUGCUGCUGGUGAUGACAGAUCAGACAUCUCAUCUUGCUCUUGAUAGUAAAUUGGCAGGCAUAGUGGUGCCCAAUGACGGAAACUGCCAUCUGAAAAACAACGUCUACGUCAAAUCAACAACCAUGGAACAUCCCUCACUAGGCCAACUUUCAGAAAAAUUAAUAGACAACAACAUUAAUGUGAUUUUUGCAGUUCAAGGAAAACAAUUUCAUUGGUAUAAGGACCUUCUACCCCUUUUGCCAGGCACCAUUGCUGGUGAAAUAGAAUCAAAGGCUGCAAAUCUCAAUAAUUUGGUAGUAGAAGCCUAUCAGAAACUCAUUUCCGAAGUGAAAGUUCAGGUGGAAAACCAGGUACAAGGCGUCCAUGUUAACAUUACCGCCAUCUGUCCAGAUGGGGCCAGAAAACCAGGCACACAGGGAUGUGGAAACGUGACGAGCAAUGAUGAAGUUCUUUUCAAUGUAACAGUUACAAUGAAAAAAUGUGAUGUCACAGGAGGAAAAAACUAUGCAAUAAUCAAACCUAUCGGUUUCAAUGAAACCACUAAAAUUCGUAUACACAAAAACUGCAGCUGUCAGUGUGAGGACAACAGCAGACCUAAAGGAAAGUACGUGGAUGAAACUUUUCUAGAUUCCAAGUGUUCCCAGUGUGAUGAGAAUCAAUGUCAUUUUGAAGAAGAUGAACUUUCUUCUGAGAGCUGCAAGUCACACAAAGACCAACCUGUUUGCAGUGGUCGAGGAGUCUGUAUUUGUGGUAAAUGUGUAUGUCACAAAAUUAAGCUUGGAAAAGUGUAUGGAAAAUACUGUGAAAAAGAUGACUUUUCUUGUCCGUAUCACCAUGGAAGCCUGUGUGCUGGACAUGGAGAGUGUGAAGCGGGCAGGUGCCAAUGCUUCAGUGGCUGGGAAGGGGACCGGUGCCAGUGCCCGUCAGCGUCAGCCCAGCACUGUGUCAACUCAAAGGGCCAAGUGUGCAGCGGAAGAGGCACAUGUGUGUGUGGCAGGUGUGAGUGCACUGACCCCAGGAGCAUCGGCCGCUUCUGUGAACACUGCCCCACCUGCCACACAGCCUGCAACGAAAACUGGAAUUGUGCGCAAUGCCUUCACCCUCACAAUCUGUCUCAAGCUGUCCUUGAUCAGUGUAAAACAUCAUGUGCUCUCACAGAACAGCAUUAUGUGGACCAAACAUCAGAAUGUUUCUCUAGCCCAAGCUACUUGAGAAUAUUUUUCAUCAUAUUCAUAGUUACAUUCUUGAUUGGGUUGCUUAAAGUCCUCAUCAUUAGACAGGUGAUACUACAAUGGAAUAGUAAUAAAAUUAAGUCCUCCUCAGAUUACAGAGUGUCAGCCUCAAAAAAGGAUAAGUUGAUUCUGCAAAGUGUUUGCACAAGAGCAGUAACCUACCGACGUGAGAAACCUGAAGAAAUAAAAAUAGAUAUCAGCAAAUUAAAUGCUCAUGAAACUUUCAGUCACAGGAGGAGACAAAUUGCUCAAGAUCAUGCCAGUUGCUGGUUGCGUGCUCGAAUGAAGACCGACAAGCAUCCUCAUCAUCAUGUGACUCACAUAGCUGCUGAAUUUUUCAGAGAAAAAUGUGUCUUACUACUGUUGGAGACUAGUGUCAUUGUAGCACUUUACUGUAAUAUAUAACUUAUUUAGAUCAGCAUAGAAUGUAGAUCAUCUGAAGAGCACUGAUUACACUUUACAGGUACCUGCCAUCCCUACGCUUCCCAGAGAGAGACAAUGCUGUGAGAUAGUUUGGCAUUGUGUCACUACAAGGGUACAAUAAUCCCUGCACCGAACAUGUGGAUGAGAAAAAUAAUUCAGCAGUUAUAUACUAAUGUUGCCAAACACUUCAACCAUUGGUAGUUGAAUAGACAAGAACAGCUAGAUGAAUAAAUGGUUAGUGUUUCACUCCUUCAAGAGGUGAACAGAUAGAACCGUAAUUAAGGAUACUGCUUUUGAAACUAUGUAGUUUUAUGCAUGUGUGUUUACAUGUUUUCUUUUUUUUACAAGGUGGAAACUAAUUCCAGCAUUCUCUCCUCUUUGCCUUUAUAUUUUGUUUUUCUUCCUUACAGGACACAUUUAUGUAUGUCGCAGAUGACUGGAUUAAAUAAGUGCUAAAUUACUACUGCCAUAAAAACCUAAUAAUACAAUGUCACUUUAUUAGAAUACUAGUUUUCAAAGCUGAAUGUUAAUAAGGGACACUGUAAAGUAUCAUCACAACCUGAAUAGCUUCAUCAUUGGCAGAUGUCAAGUUUUGUAUCUUCUUACCUGGUAAACUGGAGGGAUCUUUUGGCCAUUUCAUUUGUCUAAUUAUUGAUUCACAAGAUAUUUAGAAACUCUGCCUCAAGCAAAGUACCAUGCUGUUGGAUAAGUUUUUUUUUUCUUAAGAUUUUAAUUCCAAAUAGAUAUCAGCAUUUUUCAAAUGAAAAGCUACAUUAUAUUUGCCCUUCAAUGUAGCCUAAGGACAUCUUUCCCUGAAUCACCCCAACCCUACUCACCAGAAUUCAUAAAACUAUAAAACAGGAAGAGGGUAGGUGAUAUCUUAGAAAUAAGCUAAUUCUUCCUUUUAGUGAGUCAGGGAACUGAGGCUCAGAAUGUUUAAAUGAGUUCUUAAAACACACCCAAGUGACAAAGUGGCAGCAUUAGAAAAGAGCUUUCAUCUUCUCCUUUCCGGGCCAGUGUUCAUUGCACAUGUCAUGCUACCUCUUGAAUCUUUAAAAUAUUCAAUUGGCAAAUAUUUUUAAAUGUCAUUUUCUGAUAUCUUAACUAUAUGGGCAUGAGAAAAUUUCAAAGCAAAGUAAAAAAGAGUAAUUCAAACUAAAUUAUUCCUAACUGACUUCCAGUCUUUCUUGCUAAUCAGCUUCUAAGAGACUACAGCAAGGCCCAACCACAGGGGAAUCACUUCACACCAUAUGUAACCUGUAUGAACAGUGUCCCCUGGAGUUGUUCAGUGCUCAACUCAAGAUCUCGAUAUAGGGGCCAUGAGCUCCAUAUUCCCCAAUGGAAACGUCUUCAUAAUUACCAUCUCUGUACGGACUUAGUCUGAUUGCAUUGGCCAGUGGUCCAACAGUCCUGUGUGCAGUGCAGAGUUUUGCGUAUGAUAACAAAAAAAAAAAUUAUUUAAAAUAUUUUCUUAUAAUUAACUUCCCAGAUUUACUAUUUUCCAGCACUUGGGUUAAAGAAUAGAUACUUGCAUUUUGAUGAAGACUAACUUUCAUCCUGUAUUCUACCCGAAAGAAAAUUAAAAAACCUCUAGUAAGUUGUUCUGGAAGCCAACACAGUAGCUCCGUUAGAUGUCCUCGACAUGCAAGUAAUUAUGAUGCUAACUUGAACUAGCUUUCCCUCCCCAAAGGAGAAAUUGACAUAAUUCAGUAUUGUGACUCACAUGUGUCAGAAACCUUUGAUCACUAAGAAUUGUGUAAAAACUGUAUUUUGUAGCCUGUCACACAUAGCAUCCUUUUUAACAAAGCAAAUACAUGGAUGCUUCACAAACCCCCAAAAGGAAAAUGUAGCUAGAAGAUAUCGAUUAAUGAAAAUGCUGACAAUUUUAAAAAUGAACGUUAUGGUGUUUAUAAACAAUAACUUAAUUUUUGGAAUUAAUUACCCGAACAACAUAACAAAAUUAAAUCCUUAAAAAUCAAGAGUUUUUAUGUUUUAUACCCUCACUAGUUUGCACUAAUUUUAUAGUGGACCAAGGCUGUUAUCACAGGAAGGGACAAACUUCCUUGUAGGCAAUUCAGUGCUGAUGAUGAUUGUGAUUAUGCUUGUGAUGUCUCGUGCUUUCCAUUUUUUACUUAAAAAGCUAAUUCUUUAAGAUUUUAGGCUUAUAUUUUACUUGAAUAAUUGAUUUUUCCUGUGUCAUGGUUUGUGAGAAGAGAAUUAAUAUUUGACUAGUUAGAAUUAAUUAAAAGGUAAGGAAAAACAGGGUAUUCUUAGAUUAAAUAGUUUAUGUAAAUAGAGCCUAUUUUCAACUAAUAUGGCCACAGGAGCCUUUUGAGAUGCAUUGGUAUUAAACACAAUUAAUGAAUUUUAAACUGUUAACAAAAUUAAGAACUUGAACAACACUUUGGUAAAGCAGCAUUUUUGUGCCCUAAAGUAUAUAAUGAUUUAAAAAUGUGCCACACAUACACUACAGCAUAACUGUAUGCAUUUUAUUUCUCUGGGGACACCUUUACACUGCAGUGCACAUGUAUUUAUAAGCAUUUGAUAUAUUUUUGGAAAUUUUCUAAUAUUUAUUAAGCCAUAGACGUUCUCUGGAAGAUUUGAAAAUUCACUAAAAAUUUGAUUAUGUCCUAAUUGUUCAGUUUAGCUUUAGUUUAUAAGAAUAACGAAAAAAAUCUAAGGUUAAACAGAAUAGAUAGCUCUGGAGGCAAAUUUUUCAAAACUCAAAAUCAAAAUCAGUGGAUGCAUCAUAUGCAACAUUUAACCAAAGAAUAAAUCCCAAUUGUAUUUUUAAUAUUUACAUAAUCUCCAGUGAAGAUAUUCUUAUGUAUGACAAUAGGCAUCCAUGAGACACUGAAAUAUGUAUGAAAAAUUUUCUCCAUGGGUUUAUAUUUCUCCUGGUACCUGGUAGAAUAAAUUACACUCAAAGAUUUUUCUUCCUUUCCUUAUACCUGUUUUUUCCAUUCACUUUUCCCAAAAGAUUGCCUUAAAGCUUCAAGCUCAAUGCCUAAUUGUGGAAAAUAGCUGAAUUUAAUGGUAUAAUGAAGUUCUUCAUUUCCAAACAUGUCUGAUUGAUUUUAAAGCUUAUUUGAAUCUAUGCUUCUGAACAAAGACUGUCCCAUUAAAAACAAAGAAUUUUAAAUUUUCAAAACUAUUUGAACUUCUUUCCAUUUUAAAAGAUUUGUGAUAUAUACAUUUUCAUAAAACUAUCAAGUGACACAAUUAUUUGGGAGCUCAAUCAUGUGCAUAUUGUAUUCUGUUUUGUUUACUCUCAAUAUUUAAUUUAUGACUAUCUUUAUUUAUAUGGACAUUAAGAAGUCCAUUUCAUGCAAUGCAAAUUGAGAUGUAUUUUCAAAGAAAUAUAGAACUAGCAUUCUUUCAGAUAAUGACCCUUUUAUGUAUCCUCUAUAGCAAAUUUAUUAUGUGUAACUGAUUAUACAUAUCCAUAUUUAUAUUUUAUUGAUUCUGAGACACCACCUUUUCAGUUUAACAUCUCUGAAAUUGUGAUAUAUAUUGCAAUUGUUUGCAUCUUAGUUGCAGUGUUUAAAAUUAUGCUUGAAUAAAUAUUACACUAACUCAACUUCAAAUGUUCGUGGGCAUAGUAGGGGCAUUCCAUUUCUUAUAAAUAUUUGAGAACCCAUUUAUGAUAACAUGAAGCCAAUUUUCAGAACAACUGAAUCACAUACAACUCAAUAUGGAGCCUAUAACUGAUUAUUAGCUCAGAUUUUCUGCACAUCUUUAGGUUACAAAAGCUCUUUCAGGCUCCUGCUUAUACUUUAUGCUAGUGGCUACAAUUUCAGCAAACCCUAACUUAACUUAUAAGAAUGGGAGGGUUUCUUGCAGUUUUGUUAACAAAUUUUUAUUCUUUCUAUUCCUUUCUAAGAGAUCAUCUCACUUUUAAACAAUUAACUGGAAAAAAAUAUUACAUAAAACCAUCAUAAUUAGAUUUUACAACACUUAUAUGUCUUAUGUUCAAUGGCAAGAAAAAAAUUUGAUCAAACCAAUUAGUGCUAUGGAAAACAGCUUUCCUCCUGGGUCCUCCUACUUCUUUACUCUUCUUUUAUCAUUUCUAUUCUUUUGACUUUUUUCUUGGCUCUGAUCAAUUUACCUUCAAGCCCAUGUACUGACUGUUGUAAACUGCAUAUUUAACUUAUUUGAAUUAUAUGAAACAAUUGUUCAGCUAUUUGGGCAGCUGUUAAUGGAAUACCUGAAAAUAAUAACACUACUCUUUUAUCUACCUGGAAUAUUUUUAAGCAUAAAAUUUAUCUUUGUAAGCUAACUCUAUUAAUCAGGUUCCUAGACUCUACAGCCUACUUCAAUUAAAAUUGUGUAAUACAACAAUAUAAAAAAAACACUGCUAUCAUCAAGGAUGGAAAAUGUGUGAUUUGUGUAAAGAACUUCUACCAACUUUACAUUGUCCCACAGAUAAAUGUGAUUUUGAUAAAAAUUCUACAAAAUGACAAGUAUGGUACAUGGUACAUAGAUUUUAUUAAGAAUAUUUGAGUGUAAAGUAUUUUAAUUCUAAAUUAUAAGAAAAUAUAAAUUUGCACAUAUUAAUAUAGAAAUUCAUUUUGUGUAUAUUUAACAUAGCUUUAAAACUAUUUUACAUUCACUAGCUACUUCAUUAUGGUUUUAUAAACCUUUGCAAAAAAAAUUUAGAAAUGUUUUUAAAUUAUCAGUAACAUAAUCUUAUUUUGUUUCACUUAACAUGUACUGCCUUUGUAAAAAGAAAUUUAAUAUAAAAUAUAUUUUUAAAUUAAAAUAUUUGAACAUAAAAUAGCUCUAAGAAAGAAACAAAUUCUCAAUGAACAUGUUUCUAUUAUUUCUGGCUUUGAAAAUAUACAUAAAGUUAAAUUGCCUUAAAUGAUACAGAAGAUUGGAGAAUAUGAUAAUUUCACAUACUAUACUAUGAACCUGUUCAUCUAACUCUGAUUGACUACUAACUUCUGUUUUAUGUAUUUAUUAAAAAGCUGACACUGUAGUUUGUUGUGAGAUGUUUAUUUUUCUAACAGAGCUUAUAACAGUAAGGACAAGGCAUUUAAUUAAUGCACCAUUCUGUCUAAAAGUAGAUGUUAAUAUGAGAUUUUUCUGUUUUAAAAUAAAAAUGUAAAAGUCUAAGAAUACA